CACACACCCAAGAGGAAGUAGCUGUAGUAUAGUAAUAAGCUUAUCUUAAAUGUGUCUGAUUUAUUUGUUUGUGUGUGUUAGUUGAAAAAAAGCUGCACCUGCCCCCGAUAUAGCGCGCCACGUUAGGCAGUCCGUCGCUGCCACAGUGAUGUACCCUCGUCUUUUUAGGGCAGCUCAGUGUGAGGGUUUUUUUUUUUUUUAUUUAUUUUUUAGAAUUUUUUUUCUUGAAGGAUUUGUGACGCUGCUGACUGAAAAAGACAACGCUACCCUCCCACUAUCCUGCUUAGCUUCAUUGCUUCUCGUUUUCAGAGGUGUGCGCGUCUAUUGACUGUGUGUGUAGUGUUUGCUUAUUCCUUCCUGAGCAAAUUUCAGCUGCUUGUUUCCUUGUACUGGAUUAAAACAGACCCGUUUCCCUCAUUGGAGGAGCCUAGCUGGAUGGUUUGUUGGUGGAUACACUUGAAGCCUUCAAUAACUGGAUUUACUGUGUAUUGAUUAGGAAGUAGCACCUCGAUGAAAACAAAACAAAACAAAAAAAUAAACAAACAACCAGUGCGUUUAAUUGGAUCUCGGUUUUACAAAUUGUGAACAGCACUUACUUGCAAGAUCUGCUUCAGUUUCUGCGCACACUGCUGUGACUGCCUGACUUGUUUUUGAAAACAGAUUUUGUUCCCGUAAAAGCUGUAUUUAUAGUCGGAAUUCUGGAUUAUUUUAAUCGUCUCUCAUAAUUAAAGGACACGGCUGUUUAACUGAAUCUGCAACACGGGGAUGAAGAGCGAGUAGAAUUGGGCGGCAUGCCCCAAAUGCUGUGUUCUACCAGUAUGUUUACCCCCAGUGGAUUCAGCCCUCUUCUGCAACCUCCUAAAGAAAGUGACCAAGGAGGACUGAUCUUCCAGGAUGGAAACCUCACCUCUGCAUCCCUUGACGCUUUAAUACAACACCUGGUCCCCACUACAGAGUACUACCCAGAGAAAGCCUACAUAUUUACAUUCCUCCUGAGCUCCAGACUCUUCAUUGAACCUCAGGAACUGCUCUCCAGAUUGUGCCACAUGUGCAUCGAGCAGCAGAACCUUGAUGACCCUGUACUUGAUAAGGCAAAAGUCAGAAAAUUUGGGCCCAAAAUCCUCCAGCUCCUAACGGAGUGGGCGGAGACGUUCCCGUAUGACUUCAGAGAGGAGAAGAUGGUGGCACACUUGAAGGGAAUGAUCCACAGGAUCGCUCCUUGCGAUGAGGCAUACUGGAAAAAGAUGAACCAGCUCCUUCAGAAUCUGAACCAGAAGCUGGCCUCCCUGAACCAAGGGGAGGAGAGCAUUGUUAAAGUUAACUCCUCCGUCUCAGACAAGCUGGUUGCAUACAAGAGCAAACCCCCCCCCAUUCAGAGGGACAUACUGAUCAUCUGCAACGACCCCUACACGCUGGCACAGCAGCUAACCCACGUGGAGCUGGAACGACUCAGUCACAUCGGCCCUGAGGAGUUUGUCCAAGCCUUUGUACAUGACGACCCCCUGGACAGCACAAGGCCAUGCUUUAGUGAGCAGAAGAAGACCACCAACCUUGAGGCCUAUGUAAAGUGGUUCAACAGACUGUGCUAUCUUGUAGCCACUGAAAUCUGCAUGCCCACAAAGAAGAAGCAGCGAGCCCAGGUGAUUGAGUUCUUUAUCGAUGUGGCUCGGGAGUGCUUUAAUAUCGGCAACUUCAACUCCCUCAUGGCUAUCAUAUCUGGUAUGAAUAUGAGCCCAGUAUCUCGACUGAAAAAAACCUGGACAAAGGUGAAAACUGCUAAAUUCUUCAUUCUUGAGCAUCAAAUGGAUCCAACAGGUAACUUCUACAACUACAGGACAGCCCUCCGAGGUGCAGCUCACCGAUCCCUGACCGCACACAGCAACAGGGAGAAGAUUGUGAUCCCAUUCUUCAGCCUGUUAAUUAAAGAUAUCUACUUUUUGAAUGAAGGUUGUGCAAAUCGCUUGCCGAAUGGGCAUGUCAAUUUUGAGAAAUUCCUGGAGCUGGCCAAGCAGGUGGGAGAGUUCAUGACCUGGAAGCAAGUGGAGUGCCCCUUCGAGCAGGACCGCAGCAUCCUCCAUUACCUGCACACUGCCCCCAUCUUCACAGAGGACGGUCUUUACUUGGCAUCCUAUGAAAGUGAAAGCCCAGAAAACCAGAUAGAAAAGGACAGGUGGAAAUCACUUAGAUCCACUAUCCUGGGGAAGACAUGAGUACAGUACUGCAUAUCCUUUGGUAAAAGGGACUCAUUCUUUGCACUAGAGACUGUGACAGAGCCUAGCUGGGACCUAGGUACUUUAUUAAACCUCGAUGAACAGGAUUCGUCAGCAGAAGCCUGUACCGGACACCCACAACAAAAUACUGCUCUCUUGGGCUAAGUGCUCUUGUGAAGUAUUUAAAAACGUUGGACUUGUAUCAUAAACUGGAUAUGUUUUUAUUGUUGUUGUUGUUUACAUUCAGCCUCAAUGUUACAGAAUGCCGAAUUUGCAUCAAAGGUAAUUGUUUCUUUUUCCUAAAUGGUUAAAUGUUUUUAAUGUAGAUAGUAAAUUUGAUAACGUGGGCACUGGUUUGCCCAUGCUCAUAUUGGAACAGAACUACUGGAUUCAAGUUGGACUUAAGAGGCAGGAGAGGACUACGAGUCAGUGCUUGAAGUGGACAGAGCAUCUCCAAAUGGGGGAAUAAGACUCUUAAAGACUGAUAUUCAGUUGUGUGUUAUUUCGCUGAGAAUUAUUUGUGGGAAAAUAAAGGUUUGACUUGCAAACAGUCUUUCGCCAUUCAUGACCCGGUAAAAACAAAGAAAAAAUAUAUAUAUACUUUUUUAAAGUAGUAAAACUGUGUAUGUAAGCAUGGGUAAAAUAUGGAUCUACCAAAUUACAGUGUUGAUUUCAAAAGAAACACAGAUCAGAGCUAACUUUAGUAGAAUUGAUUUUUUUUUUUUAACUACCCAUGGUUUGUAACAUUAAAUAUGAUGUUCUUAAUGGACACUUGCUGGAAAAAUAUGUUACUAAACCAUUGAUAAAUACAAAAUAGUAGGUAAUAUAGAUACAUACAGUAUAUUUUUAAAAUUCCCCUCCUUAGGUUUACUGUAAUUGGUUUGUGGGAAAACACAUUUGCACGUUUAAUGGGUAAAUAUAGGAGUUUCAAUUUGUUUUUUGAUAACUGUCAUUGAACAUUGCUUUAGAUUAUCACAAGGUACAUAACAUUUGCAAAACAAGAAGAUGUAAGCUUUUAGAAAGCAAUUCGAAAUGCAAACAUUAUUGCCCUAAGUGUUACGCUAUCGUAAUACCUCUGUGAGCCUACUAAAAUCUACCCCUAAGCUUGUAAUGACGAAUGUGAUUACAUUCUUUCGUAAAUUUCAACCUAUUUGACAUGUUUACCAGUACUAACACUUAAAUACAAUCCACUAAAUGGAACUGCAGCAAAAAUAUAGCUAUUUUUAUUCAGAAGUUAAUAUGUACAGUUGACCUUGUCUCUUCAGGCAGGGCUUCCCAAACUUCGUUUGCCCCAUUAUGACAAUAGACAUUCUAACAGAUACCCAAAAAGGGAAUAUUUUGUUCUCCUUCCAGUUUUUGUUGUAUAAUGGUACAUGCUGUUAGCACAGGCAAUGGAAAUAAAGAUGUAUGAUUAAGCUGGUGCCCAGUAUUAAGUGAUACAUUCAAAAUCACCCCAAACUCCUAACAGAAAUGUUGAUGUAAACAAACUGCUUUGUCAGGUGUCAUGGUGAUUUGGGAUGUAAUAUUUCUAUGUGUGCUGACUCCUCUCAGGCCCCCAGUUGGAGAACAUAGGUCUUCUGCUCUUUAGGUUUUCUCCAAGAGCCCGAUCAAAACUUUACCUUUAAAAAAAUCGGUAUCUUUUAAAUAAAAAAUAAGCAGAAAGUAUAACUUUGUUAGCAGUUUUAUUGCACGCUCUUUGUUGUUUUUUUGUGUCUGCUUAACAUAGGAUCCUUUGGCAAAUAUGCAAAUUGCCUGAUAGUAUCUGGGUGCACAAUGAUUUGUUACAGUACAUCCAAAGACAUUGGUGUUUACUGUAACACGAUUCAAUAAGACUAUCAAGCUUUACACCAUGUACAGACUACUUCUGAUCUAAAAACCACACUGGACAUCUUCUUUCUGCUAGUUGUCAUGCAACCCCUGCAAUGUGGCACUAAUUGUGCAUCGCAAACUGCACCUGUAAUCACCCUGAGAAGCAUGAGGGACCCGACCACUUCCAUAGCUGUUUGUGAGAUGGAUCCUGAACUGUUAUUCAUUGACAUAACUCCUGAGUUUGUAAUCCUGCUGUGUUGGGAUGGUGGAUGGACUCCCUUGUUGUUUGUAACCUGUGAGCUCGCAGUGUGUGUGAGCAGUAACUUGUUGAUGGACACUCCUCUUAUACCCUUGCUAAAAAAUACUGCAUAGGUACUAAGUUUGUACUAUCUCUGUACUACAUCCCUUUAGAAGUACAUAGUUCUAGGAAUUAAGUAGUCCCCUACAUAAGUUUCAGUUACAUUAUUGGGGAUUCUAUUAUAAGACUAUUAUUAGCAGAUCACAGCAUUACCAGUAAUGGCAACAUAAUGCCUUUGGAACAAAUAUUCUAUAGUGGUCAUCUCACAAGGUCCUGUACUGCAAUGGGUUGCUAGCGCACAUUGGACAGUUCAUUAUUGAUAUAUGAAAAAAUGUCCACCGCGGAACCAUGUUUCUAAUAGCCUCUCAUACACUGCUGUUCUUGGGCUGCCAUUGGCUCUUAAUACAGGACCACUGUUGAUGUUGUAUUGCCAUUGAUGGGAUUGUUGCACCCCAUUAGUAUUACCAAACGAUAUCCUAAUUGGAUAUUUAUAAACUAAAAUGAAUUGUGUGCUAUUUGACUGGUGCUAAUAACUCAAUAAUUUGUUGGAUAACCUCAAGUAGUGAAUCCAGUAAUGCUUAGAAGAACUACACUAUGGUACCUAAUAAACCCGGCACUACCCACUCUGGCUUUAGUUGUACAGUAGUAGCAUGUUAAUACAGCAGUAACUUAGCAGUAACAUUUUGUAGGAUCUCAACUAUUGAAUCUAUGAAAUAAAAAGCAAAUUAGAAAGAUUCUGUUUUUCUCUGUGUGAUCUCAGUAACAGCAGUAUUUAUUCCUUGACGACCAUGUUACGUUUCUUUUGAGGACUGUGCAUUUCACAAUUCCCUGGUAAACUGCCUGAGUUCCUGUACUUCUUCAUACAACACUUUCACCCUUGCUUCAUGCUAACUUGUCUUCUGAGUACAGGAUUUAUAUAUUGAAUGUGUAAUUUGUUUACUGUGUUUUAACAGUUUUGCCUGAAAUGUCACUCAUUUCUAAAACAAAUUUGUAAAGUGAAUGUCAAGGUGUGGGAGAUUUUGUUUCUCUGUCA